CACACCCCAGGAGUUUUUUUUUCUAAGAGUCUGAUCCAGCAGGAGGAACUGAGUUUUUAUCCGGUCACUGCCGCGGCGCGUAAAACCAUCCGGUACCGACCCGUCCGUCACCCCUCCACACCAUGGAAGUGUUCCGGAGCCGCCUGCUGGGGAUCUCCGUGGCCGUGGCGCACGGGGUCUUCUCGGGGUCCCUGAACAUCCUGCUGAAGUUCCUGAUCAGUAACUACCACUUCACCUUCCUGACCCUGAUCCAGUUCCUGACCAGCUUCACGGCCGCGCUGACCCUGGAGGUCCUGAGGAGGCUGGGCAGGGUCCACAUCCCCGCCUUCAGCCUGCAGCUCUCCAAGGAGUUUGCCUCGGUGUGUAUCCUCUCCACGCUGCAGUCCACCCUGACCCUGUGGUCCCUGAGGGGUCUCAGCCUGCCCAUGUACGUGGUCUUCAAGCGCUGCCUGCCCCUCUUCACGCUCUGCAUCGGCGUGUGUGUGCUGAGGAACGCCAUGCCUUCCCUCGGCGUGGUGACCGCUGUGCUCAUCACGACUGGAGGAGCCGUGAUGGCUGGUACACACACACACACACACACACUUUUUUGGUCCGAAUCACAGUUUAAUUUUCAUUAUGAGAUCAUCUGUUUCUGUCAGCUGUUUGUUUGUUUGUUUGUUUGUUUGUUUGUUUGUUUGUUUGUUUGCAGCUUUAAACCUGCUAGUUUGCCUUGUGGGUCUCAGGUCCUGCUGGUCUGCUCCGUCAUCUCCAUGGACGCCCUCAACAUGUGGUCCUACGAAGGCUGGAAGGAGCCUCAGAUCACCGUCAUCUUCAUCCUCUGCAUCUUCAUCGGCUGCGCCAUGAACUUCACCACGCUCCACUGCACCUACAUCAACUCCGCCGUCACCACCAGCUUCGUGGGCGUGGUCAAGAGCAUCGCCACCAUCACGGUGGGCAUGCUGGCCUUCAAGGACGUGUCGCCGACCCGCCUCUUCAUCGGCGGCGUGGUGGUCAACACGGUGGGCUCCGUCACCUACUGCGUGGUCAAGUACUUCGAGACCAAGAGGAAGAGUUCGUACGAGGACCUGGAGAAGGACGGCUCGCUGCCUGAAGACCCUUACAGAGAGAAGCCCCCGCUGGACGGCGCCGGCCCAAACACCGGACCUGAUCCAGGGGAACCCACAGGAGAAGCGAGCGGGGGCAUGCUGGAGGGAAUGACGCCUCAUUUAGCUAACGGAGAGGCGUGGGUGGGAGGCGCUGAAGGACUGAAGUCUGGGGUGAUGAGUGAAAAGGAGGCACUGGAGAUGCAGAGGGAGCACCUCCACAAGGAGACCUCCUCCUCCUCCUCCCCCGCUCCGUCAGUCAGUGACAGCUUUGUGGGAGUGUGGAGGUCCAUCAGACAGCUGCAGUUCACAAAAAAAGAGAAUUUAAUUGACAACAUGGAGGUGCAGAGUCCAUAAGAACAGACCUGGACCAGAGCAGGAUCUGGAGAACCUGGACUCUGGGUGUCCAUCAGGAACCCUCCUCCCUCAGCUUCACAGGUGCUUCAUCCCUGCUCGCUGGCUGCUGGAACCUUCUGUGCUCCGAGCUCAGGUUCAUCACCAGAACUGAAGAACAGACCCAGCAGGAUCCUGUUUACGUAUUUUUAUUUUACCUGAGAAGAGAGGACCGGGACCAGGACCAGGGCCAGGACUGUGAUGACCUCAGCUUCUCCUCAGCAUGCAGCAGCAUGAAGCAGCUCAGCUGAUGAGCCGGGUCAGGAGGGCAGAACCUCAGACCCGUCAACGGUUCUGUACUGAUUUAAUUUCUGUUUGUUGAACAGAGUCUGAAGAUGAUUUACAUCAUUCCUCCUAAACUCUUUAUUUCUACAUCAACAGUUAAACUUUCAGUCAAUUUAACCUCAGUCAGAACAUCUUCAGAACCUCAUCAGAACAUCUUUGACUAUUUUCUUUCAACAUUUCCAACCUGAACUUCAUUCAACACUUAAAGUAUUUGAUAGUUUUACUGGAAUCCAUUUUUUCAUUUUAUUCGGAGAAAACACAAUCUAAAUUCAUCGACUCUCAGAUUUUCAGCCCAUGAACCCAAAAAGUUGUUUUUCUUUAAGUCUUCCUGAGUUUUUAUCUGUUUUUAUUUGAACAUGUUUGGUUUUAGAAGGACUCGUACCAUCUGAACAUUUUCUGAUUUGUUUGUGGACAGAAACAUUUUUAUCAGCUUUAAAUGAGUGGUGUUCACGUCUCCAGAGAACUGAGGUGAUUUAUUUCGUGGUUUCUCAUCAUUUUGUCAGAAGAAUAAAGGGAUAAUCUGUAACCCUGUUAGAAGAUGUUGUGCUGUGAAAAUGUUUAUGAAUAUGUAUUAAAUGGUAAUAUUUAUGAUUGCAAGAAGCCUACGUUUUCCAGAUGAGACUGUAUAUUCUGAAACUUUGAGUUCCCAUUAAAUGACUGUAGAACUGGAUCUUCAGUAAUCUGAGUCUGAAGCUGGAGAUCCAACUUA